AUGCCAAAUACUGUCUUCUUGGUCGCCUCAUUCGUUGGCAGUUUAGUAUUACUAUGGUCAUCCCGUAUUCCACGUUCUAUACUUACUGUUACCAAUGUUGAUAUUCUAGUCGGUUCAAUAGUCUAUUGCAAAAUUCGAUGGUUGUUUGGACGUUGGGGUCUCAACAUGCCAAUUACAUGCGUGUGUUUAGCCAGUAUUGAUCGUUUUCUGAUGACUUCAAGCAAUAUACACUAUCAUCGUUUCAUCACCUUGAAACGAGCUUAUAUUAUUGUGACCAUAUUCAGUAUUGCUUAUUUAGCGAUCUGUAUUCCCGAUGGCAUUUACUAUUCUGGAUAUUUAUGUACAGCAUCAGCCAAUGAUCGAGCUAUAUAUAAACAAUUCAUCACCUAUUUUAAUUUGAUUGUCACCAAUAUUUUAUCAUUGCUUGUUCUUAUCAUUUUUAGUCUACUCACAUGGUACAAUUUUUGGUCAACGAGACAUCAACGACGCAGUCGUCUUCAACAACAGGUUAAUCGGAUGAUGCUCACUGAAUUUACUAUGGUAUGUAUUACCACACUACCUAAUUUUGUAUUCAACAUCUAUCAACAAGCUACUCAAUCAGUAGUUAAAUCUCAAUUAAGAUUAGCACAAGAAAAUCUUUGGACAAAUGGGAGCGUUGCUGUGAGCUUUACAUUGCAUGUGGGAACAUUCUACAUAUAUAUAAUUGUAUCUCGUGCAUACAGACGAAAUGUACGAACAGCUUUAUGCUUUAAAAACCAAAAUCAGGUUACAUCACUACAAUCACAAUUACGAAAUGGUACAACAGCUCAAGCGUUCCGUACCAUAACUGCUCGUCCAUGA